AGGGCUGCUAGUAGCUGCAUUGGGUGACUGUUGCACUUGUAACUUGUGCUGGUGUUUGGUAGCCAUGUCAAAGCCGGAUCCAACCAAGUCCGACUUUACUGCAAUGGGUAUGGACAAGACCAACUUCUACGUGCUCUUCCCUGCGAUGAACUUCAUCUUCUCGCUGCCGGGCAUCAUUGGUGCAUCUGUGGCCUUCUCGGGCCUCGCCGGCAAAAGCUCUGCCAGUGGCAAGGUGCAGGAGGUGGCCGCGCUUAGCGCAGGGCCAUUGUACAUCUCUAUGAUGUUUGCCAAGCUUUGCAUUGCGUUCGCACAAAGCAGCCUGGCUACGGCACGACGAUCCUCUGGGGUGAACGUCCCCGACCAGCACGUAUACAAGGUGGUUGGAGGCCCCGGCAGCACCAUGGUUUUGAUGGACGAGGAGGGAGCCUUUGGUACCUUCAAUCGUGCGCAGCGAGGGGUGCAGAACAUCUUUGAGCAGCUUUUUCCUUUGACCAUCGAGACAGUCCUGGCGGGCUACGUGUUCCCUUGGACCACUGCCUGUUGCUUCGGCCUUUUCGCCUUCUUUCGCACCUACGGGGCUUUGGCUUAUGCCAAAGACCGGAAGGCUCGCAUGAAGGGCAACUUGCCUGCUGGCUUCGCGGCGAGUUCCAUCUCAGGUUUGGUCUUAGUCACCGGUAUUUACGCCACAUACCUGGAGCUCAAAAAGUGAAUCAGUGACGGUGCUCACAGCGCCCACAGCGACCGGUGGCCGGAUGAAGGAUCGCGUAAAGAUUUAGGUGCUGGGCGCCACAUGUGCGUGAGCCAAGAAUCGCGGCAUACAAGAUGGCAAAAUGCACCGAGGUUGGGGAGUGUUUUCGGGCAUGAGAAUCACACUUUUCAAUCUUGAGUCAGAGUCGCUCGUUUACAUACUGUAAGGUAUUUGGGGUCCGUACCCAAUUCGAUGUCUUUUGUACAAAUAUGUACAAAUAUAUCGAUGUACAGAAUUGCUUUCAGUGGUUCAAUCUACAACUUAUUUUGCUGACAUGCUGCAUUGUGGUGCCCAGAUGGCAUGGUUGCCGAUAAUUUACAGGUGACACGGUGACACAGACGCG